UUUUAGCGUUAGCAGUUUCCAGCAUCUGCAUAAAAUGAUGUAUAAAAUAGAGUCUCUGCCUGUCCUUAGAGAAGUUACUAUCUAGGGGGAGUGAAAGGUCAACUACAGAAAAGUGUAGAGAAUGCUAAGAAAGGGUUGAAGGGUGGGGUGUUUGAAUAACAUAUAAGGGGGGAAGUUACCCAGUCUUAGGAUAUAGGGGCUUUCCAGAAGUAGAGUCUAAGACUUAAAGGGCACAAGUGACAGAAAAUCCAAAACAACAGUGACACGAGGUGGUUUAUUUCCCUCUCACACAGAGCCCAGAGGCAGCCGUCCAGUGGUGUCAUGGUCCUUUAUGGAAUCAGGGCUCAGGUUCCUUCUAUUUUGUUGUGCCACUAGUGUGGCCUCUAUUCCUAUGGUCGCCUCAUGGUUCAAGAUGACUACACUUGCUCCAGCCAUCAUGUCCAUGUCCCACCUUCCAACAUGGUACCAAGCAGUGAAGAGAUUGCUGGAUAUAAACUCAAGCUAAUCCAUCAAUAGUGUUUCCUAAUUAUUUUCCUUCAGAAAUGAAACACAUGCAGAGUUAAAAAUCACAUAGCAGCUGGGCGUGGUGGCUCACGCCUGUAAUCCCAGCACUUUGGGAGGCCGAGGUGGGUGGAUCACCUGAGGUCAGGAGUUCGAGAUCAGCCUGGCAACAUGGUGAAACCCUGUCUCUACUAAAAAUACAAAGACUAGCCGGGUGUGGUGGUAAGCGCCUGUAAUCCCAGCUACUUGGGAGGCUCAGGCAGGACAAUCACCUGAACCCAGGAGGCGGAGGUUGCAGUGAGCAGAGAUCACACCAUUGCACUCCAGCCUGGGCAACAAGAGAGAAACUCCGUCUCAAAAAAAAAAAAAAAAAUCACAUAGCACAAAAAGGCUUAUGACAAAAAAUUAAGGUCAUCUGCCCUGGCCCUCCCUAACCCUCAGAAACAAUUUCAACCUAGCUUUCAAACAGGUGCUGUCAAUGGGAGUCACUCUGACAUUCUGUACCAAGUGAAACGUUUGCAAAACCAACAUGCCCCCGCUCAAAGGAGUCACCAGUGUCUCAGAAGGGUCAGCAGCUGAGACUGCCUUCUUCAUGGACCCCUUCUGUUAUAAGAAGGAGUUUUGACAAAUUCAGUUUGACAGAGUUUAAUUGAGCAAAUAAUGAUUUGUGAAUCAGUCAGCCCCCAGAACCAGAAUAGGUUCAGAGUGACUCUGAGGCUGCCAGGUGGUUGGAUAACAUUUAGGGAUAGAAAACAGAAAGCAGGUUGGGCGUGGUGGCUCAUGCCUGUAAUUCCAACACUUUGGGAAGCCGAGGCUGGAGGAUUGCUUGAGUCCAGGAGUUCCAGACCAGCCUGGGCAACAUAGCGAAUCUCCAUUUCUAUUAAAAAAUAAUCAUUAAAAUUUAAAAAUAAGAAAAGAAAAAGGAAAUAGAUGUCCAGAAAACAGAAGCGAGGUACAGAAACAGUUGGACCAGUUAUGUAAGCGCAGAACCAGCCCCAUCUGGUUCAACUUUGUGUAAUAAAGUGGUGAGUUGUUUUUUCAGUUGCCAUGAUCCCAGGUUGCAAGUUAUGUAACCUGAGCGUGCCCAGAAGAACCAAGCAUGCAACCACAGGCGCAACCUAAAUGCUCAGACCAAAGAACCGGAACAGAAUUAAGAAGUAGAUACAUGGCACAAGCCAUGAUCUAAUCAGAUUGAGCCAUGGCAUCAUCCCAUGGCAAGAUCCAGUCAGAUCAUUGCUUAUUGCAAGAUUCAAUCAGAUCACGGCUCAUUACCCUCUGCCUAUAACACCUGCCACAGCCCCUGGCUUGGGGAGACAGAUUUGAGCAUGUCUCCUUCCCAGUUGACUUGCAACAAAUCUUUCCCUCUACAAAAACCUGAUACUUCGGUGUUUGGCUUUCUGAGGGCAAAGGGAUCCAGUUUGGUUCCCUACCAAUGACAGAUUGACAUUUGCCUUAUUGGAACAAGGUUUGAACAGGUGGCUGCCUGUGAUUGGCUGAAACUCUGUGAUUGGUAUGAGUAGGUUCCAGUUCACUAUGUACGGAGAAACCUUUAGGACAAACUUAAGAUACGCCAGGAGACAACUUUAGGCUAAACUGGACACUUCUCCCCUUUUGGUCAACCUCUUGAUUUUGAGAGGUUGGAAACUUUAGACAUUGACAUCAGUUACCAUUGUAAAUAGACUUAUUUGGUCUCAAAUUCCCCUGGGAAAUAGCAGAGCAGUGGGUUUCAUAGGUGGGAAAGGGAACAGAAUAGAAAAAAAAAAAACCACCUGAUUAGUUAACAUCAGGUCACUUCAGAUUCCUUUUUUUAAGGGUUAGAGCAGAGGGGGCUUCCUUAUUAUGCUGGACUCUCCUGUUUCCAGGGGGGAAGGGAGGAGAUGGGGAAUACUGGUAAUUCUGUAGAAUGAAUGGGUGGGGGAAAGAGAUUAACUAGUAAAUGGAAAUGAGUGUGUGGUGGCCUUGGGGCUCCUCAGUCUGAGCUCAGCCCAUCUGGGGCUCCUCCUAGGUUCUGGGCUUCCAUCUGCUUCCCCCUCCUUUUGGGUCCCUCUGAGAAGCCUCCCAAGAUCGAGCUGUGUACAGAGCGAGUCCUCGCUGGCCACUCGGAAGGCGGCGGACGUCCGCGCCGGCGCACUAGCCCAGAGCGGCCUGGUCUCCGCCCAGUCGGCGGGGCCUCUUACCGGGGGCGGGGCCGAGGCGUGCGGCGAGCGCUGGAGGGGUCUCGAGGGCGCUCCCGUGGUUGUGGCCCGGGCGGCCGCGAGCGUGUGUGUGUGGCACGAUGUCGUGGUAACUCAGAGGCGCGCGAGGCGGGGCGCCCAACGGGGUCGCGGGGCGAGCACGCGCGCCACUGGGGCGCCGGACGUUGCAAGGCGGUCACAUCCGGUAGGGGGCGGGCCUGGCGGACCCCGGAAGUGUGGGCGCGGCUGCGGUUUAACCCGCGGUGGCGGCGGCGACGGCGGCCCUGGCAGGGAAGGAUGGAGACGCUGAAGGAUAAGACCCUGCAGGAGCUGGAGGAGUUGCAGAAUGACUCGGAGGCGAUUGACCAGCUGGCCCUGGAGUCCCCUGAGGUCCAGGACCUACAGCUGGAACGGGAGAUGGCACUGGCCACCAACCGGAGCCUGGCAGAGCGGAACUUGGAGUUCCAGGGUCCCCUGGAGAUCAGCCGCUCAAACCUCUCGGAUAAAUACCAGGAGCUCCGGAAGCUCGUGGAGCGGUGCCAGGAGCAGAAGGCAAAGCUGGAGAAAUUUUCUUCAGCACUGCAGCCAGGGACCUUGUUAGACCUUCUGCAGGUGGAAGGCAUGAAGAUCGAAGAAGAGUCCGAGGCCAUGGCUGAGAAGUUCCUGGAGGGCGAGGUGCCCCUGGAAACGUUCCUGGAGAAUUUUUCCUCCAUGAGGAUGCUGUCCCACCUGCGCCGGGUUCGCGUGGAAAAGCUCCAGGAAGUGGUGAGGAAGCCCAGGGCUUCCCAGGAGCUGGCCGGCGAUGCCCCUCCACCCCGUCCACCACCCCCGGUGCGCCCAGUCCCCCAGGGAACACCCCCUGUGGUUGAAGAGCAGCCGCAGCCACCAUCAGCCAUGCCUCCCUACCCUUUGCCCUACAGCCCAUCCCCCAGCCUGCCUGUGGGCCCCACUGCCCAUGGAGCCCUGCCACCGGCCCCUUUCCCAGUAGUGUCCCAGCCCUCCUUCUACAGCAGGCCUCUGGGCCCCACUUACCCGGCAGCCCAGCCUGGACCCAGGGGUGCUGCGGGUUACUCCUGGUCCCCACAGAGGAGCAUGCCACCCCGGCCGGGCUAUCCUGGGACCCCAACUGGUGCCUCUGGGCCUGGGUACCCCUUGGGGGGAGGCAGGGCCCCCAGUCCUGGUUAUCCUCAACAGUCCCCAUACCCCGCAACAGGAGGAAAACCUCCCUACCCAAUACAGCCUCAGCUCCCCAGCUUUCCAGGCCAGCCCCAGCCCUCAGUGCCCCUGCAGCCCCCUUAUCCCCCCGGGCCCGCCCCUCCCUAUGGGUUCCCACCACCCCCGGGGCCUGCCUGGCCUGGGUAUUAGACACACUCCUGGCCCUCGGCCCCUCCCUAGUCCCACCCACGCUCAACCUUUGGCCCAGCCAUCGCCGAGAUUCGAGGGUCAACUGGAAGUGGCGUUGGUGCUCCCUGUGGACUUGGCGUCGGCACCCAGAGGCCUUGGAGGGACAAGGCACUGGGUGGUGUGA